AUGGCGGAGCGAGAAAACGAAGAACCGGCCGAUGUUAUAUACGAAACUGACGAAAAAGGGCAGCGGGUUGUCGUUAAAUCGUUGGAGUCGACGUCCCGAGUGUAUCUUCGUUUCACCAACAGAACCUCUCGGCCCGUCGACGUGUGGUGGCGAGAUUUCCACGGAGCGAAGCGACAUUACGUCCGUUUAGAGGCAGGCACGUUUUUUGACAUUAAUUCCUUUAUAACUCACCCGUGGGAGUUCACAGAUGUAGCUACCAAGGAAAGCUACGUUAUAAACAACAAGCCAAUCUACAGACCACCGAGAAACAUAGGCGGCAUGAUGUAUAGGACUAACUGGAACAUCACAAUCGGUGUAAGGAGUCUUCGUCAUACGGUUUUGUUGACACUCGCUAUCAAGAUAGACGAUCCCAAUUCUGUCAACGCUCUCGGACUGCCAAGAGUACUUGGAGAGGAACUGCAGAAGCUAAUCAGACUGUUCCACAGACCAAGAACACCUCCACAGCGCGACUGA